AUGUCCGACUCCAGUGGUGACUAUGUGCUCCUGGUCCCCUAUAACGGGACCAUCGCAACAGGGGGCAAUUCCUUGACCGACGACCUCAACCUGUUUUACAAUGCCGGCGAUAUUGCAUGGGUCAUCACCUCUUCGGCUCUUGUCUUGCUCAUGAUUCCAGGGGUUGGUUUCUUCUACUCUGGUCUGGCUCGCCGCAAGUCCGCCCUCUCUCUCAUCUGGCUGUCCAUCAUGUCCGUCGGUGUCAUCUCCUUCCAAUGGUUCUUCUGGGGCUACUCGCUGGCCUUCUCGCACACCGGUGGCACGUUCAUUGGUGACCUGGCCAACUUUGGCUUCAAGGAUGUCCUGGCUGCCCCUUCCGUUGGAGGCACCAAGGUUCCUGACCUGUUGUUUGCUAUCUUCCAGGGCAUGUUCGCCGCCAUCACUGUUGCCCUCGCUGUCGGUGCUGUUGCCGAACGUGGCCGCAUGCUUCCCUGCGUCAUCUUCAUGUUCGUCUGGUCCACCGUCAUCUACGAUCCAAUUGCAUGCUGGACGUGGAACUCGUCUGGAUGGGUAUACAAAUUGGGCGGUCUUGACUUUGCCGGCGGUACUCCUGUGCACAUUUCAUCUGGUGCUGCUGCACUCGCCUACUCUCUCAUGCUGGGCAAGCGUCGCGGCCAUGGAACUCACGAGCUCAACUACCGCCCUCACAACGUCACUCACGUCGUCAUCGGAACCGUUUUCCUGUGGGUUGGAUGGUUCGGAUUCAAUGCUGGUUCUGCCCUGAGCGCCAACUUGCGUGCUGUCAUGGCUGCCGUCGUUACCAACCUGGCUGCUUCCGUCGGUGGUGUGACCUGGUGUCUCCUCGAUUACCGUCUGGAGAAGAAGUGGUCUACCGUUGGUUUCUGCUCCGGUGUCAUCGCCGGUCUUGUUGCCAUCACCCCGGCCUCUGGUUUUGUCCCUGCUUGGUCUGCUGUCAUCUUUGGCAUUGUCGGUGCUGCCGCUUGCAACUACGGAACCAAGCUCAAGUAUGUUUUGCGUGUCGACGACGCCCUCGACAUCUUUGCUGUCCACGGAAUUGGCGGUUUUGUCGGCAACCUCCUCACUGGUCUCUUUGCUGCUGACUACAUUGCACACCUCGACGGCUCCACCGCCAUCUCGGGAGGCUGGCUCAACCACAACUACAUCCAGCUGGCCUACCAACUGGCCGACUCUGUAUCUGGCUUCGUGUAUUCUUUCGGUGGCACAUGUAUCAUUCUCAUGAUCAUGAACUUUAUUCCCGGUCUCAGCCUGCGCUCUUCCGAAGAGGACGAGAUCAUGGGCAUUGACGAUGCCGAGAUCGGCGAGUUUGCUUAUGACUACGUCGAGAUCACCCGUGAUGUGAUCGGCACCUCUGAUAGCUCCGUCCCUUCGGGCAAGCAAUCCAUCAGCUCUGAUGCCGAGCACGCGAUCCAAGAGACCAAAGCAUAA